AUGACAACUGAAAAUCAGCAAAUUGAUAAAUCAAAAAUAUCAUCGACUAAUGUCGAUUCAUCUGGUCAAAUGCGUGGUUGGUUUAAAUUAAUUGAAACAAUUCGUAAAACAGAUCCUCCAUCAUCAACAUUAUCGAAUGAAUUAAUUAAAUCAUCAACGAACAGUAAUACAACAAAUACAAAUGGUCAUGUAUUAAAAUCUCCAGGACUAAUUAAUCCUGAUAAUCUUUCAUCUAAAUCACCAAAUCUAAUAUCUUCACCUACAUCAAUAAGUUUAGUAUCAACAUCUGUACAAUCAUUUGAUGAUACAUCUAUAAUUAAUAUUAAACCUACAACUAAAACAAAAGAAUCGAAACGUUCAACAAUUCGUCGCAAAAAAAUUACAAUUCGUAAAUCAACAAGAUCAAAAGAAUUCUCAACAAUUAAUAAUAAUAAUAAUGUAUCAAAUGAUGAUAUAAUAAAUGUUGAUAUUCAUCAACGAAAACGACAAUCUAAUGAUUCGAUUAUACCAUUAGCAACUGAUCUUGAAUCUUUACCUGGACAUAAUCAAGAUGAAUCACGUGAUAAACGUUUUCUUGAUUAUGUUGAUAUAAAUACAUUAUCAUUACAUUUUAAUACAUGUUUAUACAUAGAUAAAAAAUCAUUUUCAUCAUCAUAUUUAACAAAACAACAUAUAUUUAAAACACGUCAUAAUAUAUUAAAUAAAAUUUUUAAAUUAUAUCAUAUAAAAACAUAUGAAAAUGAUUCUAAAAUUGAUCAAAAAAAUCAAGAAACAAAAUCAAAUUCUUCAUUAUUAUCAUCAACAUCAUCAUUUAAAACUGAUUGGUCAGUUAAUCGUCGAAGUUCAUCAUCAUAUCGACGUGAACCAAAAAAUAUGUUUCAUAUAUUACAAUUAAAUCCAAAAAAAGAUUUAUUUCUAUCAACAAAUAAUAAGCCAACAACUAAAUUAUCAAUUGAACAUCAACAACAUAUAGAUUAUGAACAUAUGAAAGAUCUUUUAAUACGUACAUAUUAUCCACAUUUUCAUAUAGCUGUUCAAUCUGGAAAUUAUUUUGGUUCGAAAUCGAAAUUACCAAUAAAACAUCAUGAUUUACCAAUAUCUACUACUCCUGAAUCACCACCUAUAGAAUCGAAUGAAACAAUAGCAAUUACACUUAAAUCACCACCAUCUAUAACAGAACAAGAAAUUAAAACACGUGGACGUAAAUCAAAAUAUAAAAAAUUAAAAGAUAAACCAUUACCAAUAAUAUCUGUUGAACGUCGUGUAAGUGAAGAAAUUCCACCAGUUGAUAUUAAAGAAUCAAUGAUUGUUUCAACAUCAACAGAAAUAUCAUUACCAUCAAUCGUAGAAAACGAAAUAAAUAAUAAUAAUAAUCGAAAACGAAAAAAAUCAGCAACAAUUAAUUCAAAUAUAAAUGAAAGAAAGAAGAAAAAAUUUAUACAAUCACCAUCACCUGAAUUUAGCAAUGAAUAUCAAGAUAUUGCACAUUCUGACAGUGAUGAAGAUGUAUUACCUGAUGAAUUACCAAAAUCAAAUUUUAUUAAGAAUGGUCUUCGUUCAAAUUAUUAUAAGACAACAACUGAUAGUGAUGUCAAAUCUACUAGUAAAAAUCGAGGUAUUCGUCGACGACAACAAUUAUCUGGUUCAUUACCACCAUUCUAUAAAGGAAUAUUUGAAUCUGAUGAUGAGAAAUUAUCUUAUAUUGAUUAUCGACUUCCAUUUGAUAUCUAUUGGUUUAGUCAAAAACAAGCAAUGAUCAUUAAUUCAUCUCCAUUACCUUCAAAAUCUAUUAAUCAACAACAGAACAAGAAAAAAAUAAAUCAACCAAAACAAAAACAACAAUCAUUAUUUAAUAAAAAAAUUAUAGAUUUAAAUAUUGAACAAAAAAUUUUACCUUCGAAAAUUAAUGAUAAAAAACAAGAAAAACUUAUAAAUAUAAAUAAAAAUUUAAUAAAAAUCGAAGAAUUAACUGAACAUGAAAAACAAAUUAUUUUACAAACAUCAAUUUUUCUAAAACGUAAUCUUCGACGUAUAAAAGAAAGACAAGAAUUAAAAGAUAAACAUAAUAAUCAACAUAAACAACAUGUUGAAGAACAACCAUUGCCACUUUUCUUUUCACAAAAUUAUUAUCAUCCAAAUAUUAUACAAGAAACAGAUAAUUCAAAUUUAUCUCAUAAAGAUCUAUUAAAUUUAUUUUACAAUCAUAUUCGUCGUUCACAUUUUUAUAAAACUGGUCAAUGUUCAUUAGAACUUAUUGAUCAAACAUGUUAUUAUGCUCAAUUAGCACAAUUAAAUUUAAUACUUAAUGAAAUAUUUGAUUUAUUAUUAAAUUAUAGGUGUCAAAAUAGUGAUAUUUAUCCAUCGAAUGCAUUAAAAAAAUGUCCAUUAAAACGUUUAUUUCCGAUGUAUUAUGAAUUAAUAUUAAAACCAAUUGAUUUAACAAUUAUACGUAAUAAAUUAGAUAAUGGUGAAUAUUUAUCAUAUGAUUUAUUUGAACAAGAUUUAUUAUUAUUAUUUAAUAAUGCUAUUACUUAUUGUGGUGAAGAUUCAGAUGUUGGACGAGCUGUAAAAGAAUUAGAAAUAUAUUUUAUAGAUGUAUUAAAAAUUAAUUAUCAACCAACAAUUAAUUUAUUUCAUAAUAUGAAUAAUGAAAAUAAAAAUCAACGAAAUUUAAAUAUUCUUCAAAAUUUUAUAACAUAUUUACAUAAAAAAGAAAUUAUCAAUGGACAAAUUCGAGAAAUUCUUUAUGAUAUUAUUUAUACUAUAGAUAAUAGUACAUCAAUUAUUUAUAAAACAGUUCUUACUAAUACAACAAAUACAAAUCGAACAACAAAAAAUAUUUCAACAAAUGAUUAUAUUGUUCAUUGUCGAUGUGGAUCAAUGUAUGAUGAAACAUCUCUUGUGCAAUGUUAUGCUUGUCAAUUAUGGCAACAUGUUUCAUGUGUAACAAUAGUAAAUUCAUCUCGGCCUUAUUAUUGUUUUGAAUGUCAUCCAAUGUGUGAAGAAAAUUCUUUAUUAUGUUUAAAAACUAAUGUUCGUAUUCCAAUUGUUCAAUCGAUACAAAUCUUUCAUGAUAAUUAUCCUUCAUAUUCAACAAUAACACGUUCAGAUGGUUUUAUUAUUCGUAUAAAUGAAUGUUAUAUUGUACGAAAACAAGACAAGAAUUUAUCAUUAUCAAAAUAUGAUCUAUUUUUUAUUGAACGUCUUUGGAUUGAUAAUAAUAAUGUUAUACAAGCAUCAGGUUUUUAUUAUUUACAUUCAUAUGAAACAUUUCAUGAAGUUAAUCGAAAAUUUUUUUCAAAUGAAGUAUUUCGUUUUCCAUCAAUAAAUGAUUCAAUUAAUAUUAAUUCAAUUAUUCGUCCAUGUUAUAUAUUAGAUACAGGAACUUAUUGUAAAGGUAAACCAAUAUGUGAAUAUAGUAGUCGAAUAUUAACAACAGAUUUAUUUAUAUGUGAAUAUCGUGUUGAUAAAUCGGCUAAAAUAUUUACACGUUUACCUAAAUCAAAACAUAAUAUAUGUAAUAUGAAAUCUUAUUGUUUUGAUAAUUAUAUUGAAAAACUUACAAUUAAAAGAGAAUAUCAGGUAUGUUAA